GUUGAUUAAUGGUAAACCCGAUUGAAACGAAAAAUUCGUCUUCAAACUUGAAACCAAUAGAGUCAGAACUACCUUCGUCCUUGUUACAGCUGAUGCUAGAGAGCUGACAAAGGUAUUCAACUUGUCACAAAUAUACUACCCUGGUUUACAACUCCAAUCAGACUACGAGCGAGCAGGUGUGUCUCAUUUCUCAUUUCUCUCUUCUCAGUGUCCACUCUCCACUCUCUUCACUGCCUUGUGCUUACCUCUUCCGUGGCUUGCUGCUCUAACAAAUCGUCAGUUGUAAGUCGUAACCUUGAGUCACGGAUUAUAGUGAAAGAUUAAUGGUUUCAGAGCUCCCCAGUUCCCACUGCUAAAACCAGGACUUGGGAUUGCGGUUUCCCUUUUCAGUGGACGAAUGGAAUUGCUAACACAUAGAACCUCCCAGUGGCAAACCGCAACCCACCACUACUAGCAUGCUUGAAAAACCUUUUACCUUUCUGUCUCUGAAACAGCUAAACCAAAUUCGUGCCCACAUCAUCAAAUCCUCUAAGCCCAACCUCUUAAAUUCCUUGCUGAGAUCACUAGCACAAGCCAACUCCCCACACGAUGCCCUUCUCCUGUACAAUCAGAUGCUACAUGAACCAACCUCACACGACCAUUUCACAUACACCUACGCCCUCAAGGCCUGUUCACUAUUGCACGCCAUUCCCAAGGGCCAUGAGAUCCAUUCUCGCAUCAUUACAUCCGGUCAUCACUCCGACAUUUUCAUCCAAAACACAUUACUCAAUCUGUAUGUUGAUUUCAGCGACAUUAUCGGUGCUCGCAAGGUAUUCGACACAAUCUCUAAACCAGAUGUCGUGUCAUGGACUUCGAUGAUAUCAGGGCUCGCAAAGAAUGGAUUCGAAGAAGAAGCUCUGUUGGUCCUCGUUUCAAUGGAUGUAAAGCCUAAUUCCAUGACCCUUGUCUGUCUUCUAUCAGCUUGUGCUAGGUUGAGAGCCCUUGACAAAGGGAAAGAAAUCCAUGCUUACUGUUUCAGGAACCUGAAUGGUGAUAAUGUUAUCGUGGAUAACGCAAUAUUGGAGCUAUAUGUUAAAUGUGGGUCUUUGAGUUCUGCGCAGCUCCUGUUUGAAACAAUGCGUAACAGAGAUGUGGUGUCCUGGACUACCAUAGUGUGUGGCUAUGCCCAAAAUGGGUUUUGCCAGGAGGCCAUUACCGUUUUCAGAAAGAUGGCAAAUGAAGGUGAAGUAAAGCCCAAUGAAGCCACUAUAGUAAGCGUCUUGUCCGCUUGUGCUUCACUUGGGUUCUUGAGUUUGGGUCAAAGGGUACACACUUACAUUGAUAAAAUCCAAUCCAUCCAUGGUGUCACUCUUGAUGGUCAUCAUGUGGGGAACUCUCUGGUGAACAUGUAUGCCAAGUGUGGCAACUUGGGCAUGGCCCUUAGAGUAUUCAAUCACUUGCCAUGCAAAGACUUGGUCGCAUGGAGCACCAUCAUAGGUGGAAUGGCCAUGAAUGGCUACGGCAUGGAAGCAUUGCAGAUGUUCUCUCUAAUGCUGUGCAACGGUGUUGCCCCGGACGGGGUAACCUUCCUGGGUUUGUUAUCUGCUUGUAGCCACUCAAGGCUAGUGAAUCAAGGACGAGCCUUCUUCUCCGCAAUGAGAGAUGUUUACUGGAUCAGGCCCGAGAUCGAACACUAUGCGUGCAUGGUAGAUCUAUAUGGUCGUGCUGGAUUGCUGGAUGAAGCUGAGAGUUUCAUUAGAGAUAUGCCCAUGAAACCUGAUGGUGUGGUCUGUGUGGCAUUGCUUAAUGCGUGCAAGAUUCAUGGAGAUGACAAGGUGGAUGAGCGAUUCGCUCGAUGCUUGGUUGGAGAAAGGAGAGCAAGUGGAGGGAGUUUGGCUCUUCUGUCAAAUACUUAUGCUAGCGCAAGUAGAUGGGAGGAGUUCCACAGGGUGCGAGAGGUGAUGAGACGCAUGGGGGUGAGGAAGACGCCUGGAUGUAGUUGGGUCGAAAUUGAUGAACCGAUUCCUUCAUAGAAUGAUUUGAAGAAUCGGUCGGAUCCGAUUUGCGUCUGUAUCAUCAGAAGCCAAUAUCAUGUCGUGGUUGAUCUCUAUCGAUGGACCGGUACAAACUAGGGGUGUCAAUCGGUUGGGCCGGUCUAGGUUGGACCUAGCCAGGCCUAGCAGGCCUAUGUCCUUGGACCAUGACCUACCUAUUUAAGAAAUGAGUCGAUCUUGAUUGGUUUUGUGUUGGGCUCGGUCGGAUUUCAAACUUUAUUCAAGCUUCUCCUAAUUGAG